AUGUCUUUACAAAAGCUCAGGAAACAGAGCAGCAAUGGCAAUUUCAUGGAGUACUGUGCUGGUCCAGGGCAUAGCUCUUACUCCACACUUACAGGCAAUUUUACCAUGGAUGAUGAUAACAGAAGGCUUCAAAUGCUGGCAGAUACUGUGGCUACUUUGCCUCGGGGAAGAAAGCAGCUUGCUCUGACAAGAUCGAGUUCUGUGGGUGACUUUUCCUGGUCUCAAAGAAAGCUUGUUACUGUGGAAAAACAAGAUAAUGGAACAUUUGGAUUUGAAAUUCAGACUUACAGGCUCUCAAACCAGAACACCUGCUCCGCAGAUAUAUGCACCCUGAUCUGCAAAAUCCAGGAGGACAGCCCAGCACACUGUGCUGGCCUGCAAGCUGGUGAUGUCCUUGCAAACAUUAAUGGUGUGAGCACAGAAGGCUUUACCCACAAACAAGUUGUUGACCUGAUCAGAUCGUCAGGAAACCUGUUAACGAUAGAGACUCUUAAUGGAACAAUGAUUCUCAAAAGAACAGAGCUUGAGGCAAAGCUGCAAGUUUUAAAGCAAACCUUGAAGAAGAAAUGGGUGGAGUUCAGAUCUCUGCAGUUACAGGAACAGCGCCUGCUUCAUGGUGAUGCAACUAACUGCCCAAGUUUGGAAAAUAUGGACAUAGAUGAAUCCACAUUGCUUGGACUCCUGCCUGGCCCAGCCCUCCUGGACCGGAAUCGAUUAUCCAGUGCAAGCAGUUGUAAGAGCUGGCUGAGCUCCAUGACGAUAGACAGUGAGGAUGGGUACCAGACCUGUGCGUCUGAAGACUCCAGUCGGGAAGCCUUCAGCCGCCAGACAAGCACAGAUGAUGAGUGCUUUGUCCCCAAGGAAGGAGAUGAUUUUCUGAAGAGGUCUUCUUCGAGGAGGAAUCGGAGCAUUAGUUCUGCCAGCAGUGGGUCCAUGUCUCCUUUGUGUGAAGGCAACUUCUCAGGCAUGUAUGGGACCCUGCCCAGGAAAAGCAGAAGGGGAAGUGUCCGGAAACAGCUCUUGAAAUUCAUCCCAGGCCUUCACCGCGCUGUGGAAGAGGAAGAGAGUCGCUUUUAA